CCAAGAUGUCCAAGGUAUUCGGUAGAGUCGGGAAAAAUAGCAAUCGGACAAUCAACCAUUGAACCCUGCAACAUUGCAGUGAACGCAAAAUUUACAGUAUCGUAUAUACACUAACAGCAACAACUUACAGAAAUUUUUUUUACUUCCCAGUUUUCCGUCCUCUUCUCCCAUUUCCAUCUCCAAUGUUCUUGUCCAAGACUUCCGUUGCUCUUAAGUCAGCAGCAUUCUCUGCUGUCAAGCUCAAUGCUGCUCGUUCUAUCACCACCGCCACUCCCAGCAUCACCCAGGCUUUCAGUGCUCAGAAGAACGCUAAGGGCAACUAUGAGGUUACCCUCAUUCCCGGUGACGGUAUGUGUAUUGGUCCCGAGAUUUCCGCCUCUGUUAAGCGUAUUUUCUCUGCUGCCAAGGUACCCAUCGAGUGGGAGGAAGUCGAUGUCACUCCUGUUAUCAAGGACGGUAAGACUGCCAUCCCUGAUGACGCUAUUGAGUCUGUCCGCAAGAACACCGUCGCUUUGAAGGGUCCCCUUGCCACCCCCAUUGGCAAGGGUCACGUUUCUCUUAACUUGACUCUUCGUCGUACUUUCAACCUUUAUGCCAACGUUCGUCCCUGCCGGUCUAUUGUUGGCUACAAGACUCCUUAUGAGAACGUCAACACCGUUCUUAUCCGUGAGAACACCGAAGGUGAAUACUCUGGUAUUGAACACGAAGUUAUUGAUGGCGUUGUCCAGUCCAUCAAGUUGAUCACCAAGGAUGCCUCUGAGCGUUGCGCUCGUUAUGCUUUCACCUACGCCCAACAGGUUGGUCGUGAUCGCGUCACUGCCGUCCACAAGGCUAACAUCAUGAAACUCGCUGACGGUUUGUUCUUGGAUGUCUGCAAGCAAGUCGCCAAGGAAUUCCCCAGCAUCAAGUUCAACGACGUUCUUCUCGACCGUGCCUGCCUCCACAUUACUCAAGACCCUAACAUCUACGCUGAUACCGUCAUGGUCAUGCCCAACUUGUAUGGUGAUAUUCUUUCCGAUAUGUGCGCUGGUCUCAUUGGAGGUCUUGGUUUGACUCCCUCUGGUAACAUUGGUCGUGACGCUUCCAUCUUCGAGGCCGUUCACGGUACUGCCCCUGAUAUCGCUGGAUUGGAUAAGGCCAACCCUACUGCCUUGUUGCUCUCUGGUAUCAUGAUGUUGAGACACAUGCGUUUGUACUCUCAAGCUGAUGCCAUCGAGAAGGCUGUCUUGACCACCAUCGCUGAGGGUAAGACUCUCACUGGAGAUUUGGGUGGUCACUCUACCAACACUCAGUACACCGAUGCUGUCAUCAAGAAGCUCACUGCUUAAAUGGUUUGAGCACACUCUUUCUAUUUUUUUCGCAAACUCCAUAACUUCUUGUGAAUGCCCCAUCAAGAGGUCCGCCCUAGCCUAAAUCGCCCUGCUCUUGAACUCUUUCUUCCUUGUUUACCUUUUUCUGCUUAAAGAAGAAAUCAUCCCAUCUAUAUAGAACCUUUUUUCCAUUGGAAAUAAAAAAAUGAAAAC